CCACACAACUCCAGCCAUAUAAACAAAACCGUUACAUUUGUACUGUUGUUAUUUUUCCAUUUCCUGGAUUCUCCAAGUCCGUUGGAGUUCCACCCAGGCGCGCAGGGGGAGAGAGAUGGCACACAGUGAGAACCAACAGUCGUCCUUUUCUGAUAUAAUAGAAUUAAACGUCGGAGGGCAAGUGUAUGUAACUCGACAUGCAACUUUAGUCUCCGUCCCAAACUCUCUCCUGUGGACUAUGUUCGCACAGAAGAGCCCUACAGAACUACCGAAAGACAGCAAAGGACGCUACUUCUUUGACCGGGAUGGAUUUCUGUUCAGGUAUAUUCUGGAUUAUCUGCGGGAAAGGGACAUCGUUCUACCGGACUUCUUUAAGGAGAGGGGUCGGUUACAGAAGGAGGCAGAGUUCUUCCAGCUGCACGAGCUCGCACAGCGCCUCAGACCUGCAGUGAGUAAAGAUAACUCUCUCGGGGACGAGCUGUGCGCCCAUGGGGACCCGGAAGAGGCUUCUCUCGCCUGCGCUCUGGGUAGUAGCAGCAUCACCACGACCGCGGUGAGCAGCCCGACUCCGAGCCUUCGCUCCCCGUUCCAGAAGCAGGGCUAUAUUACCAUUGGUUACCGGGGCUCCUACACCAUCGGGAGGGAUAUUCAAACGGACGCCAAGUUCAGGCGAGUGGCCAGAAUAACGGUUUGCGGAAAGACGUCCCUGGCCAAAGAAGUUUUCGGUGAUACUCUGAAUGAGAGCAGAGACCCGGACAAACCACCUGAGAGGUACACCUCCCGGUACUAUCUGAAGUAUAACUUUCUCGAGCAGGCGUUCGACAGGCUCGCGGAGGUCGGGUUCCGCAUGGUGGCUUGCAGCUCCACUGGCACGUGCGCGUACGCGAGCAGCGACCCGAACGAGGACAAAAUCUGGACCAGCUACACCGAAUACGUGUUCUCCCGGGACUGAACAACCCGUUACCGGGCCGCUAGGUAGCUUUACCGGGGACUGGGACGUGAUGCUCACCUGUACGGUAGAGAGACUACCUGCAGAAAUGUGAAAACUCCUCUAUCUUCUCUAUAUGUCCCAUCUGAUUAUGGGAAAGGUUAAAGGUUACUGAGGAUUAUUCUGUAUGGACAUAUUGGUUGUUGUUUUGCCCAGGCCUAUAUAAGGCUAAUGGAGGUAUGUUUCAUGUUGCAGACCAGUCUAUAUUAUACAGUUAUAUGACUGUUGUGACAGAAUGCUCUCAAUGUGUUUAUAUUAACACACACACACACACACACACACACACACACACACACACACACACACACACACACACACACACACACACACACACACACACACACACACACACACACACACACACACACACCACACAAACAUUAACACACACACACACACACACACACACACACACAGAUUGGGGAUCCUACUUAGGCAGCCCGUUUUCCCACCUUAAGUUGUGGGAUCUUGUUUUUAGCCCUGCAGAACGUUACGUUUGGAUUUGUGUUUAGUUGGAAUUCAGUAUUAAAAAUCAUGAACACUU